GUCGAAUUUAACGUCGUCAAGAUGCGUUCACGAGUGGUAAAAGUUUUGCUAGCCGGUCGCCUACCGUACGGCGUCGGUUUGCAAUUGCAGAAGACCUUGGCGGAUCAUCAUCACAAGCGUUUGAGCGAAAUGGCAAAUACGCUAGUGCUCCUGGAGCACGAACCAGUGUACACGGUGGGAAUACGGGACAAGGGUUAUACGGUGGAAGACGAGAGGCAGCUGAGGAGUCUCGGUGCGGAGUUCUGGAGGACAAACCGUGGCGGGCUGAUCACCUUUCACGGGCCCGGUCAGCUGGUGGCCUAUCCGGUGCUCGAUCUAAGGCAGUUUCGCACCAGUGUCAGGUGGUACGUGCACGAAGUGGAACGCAUGGUGAUCCGCGUGUGCGCCGAGCUCGGCAUCAGGGCCGAAACUUCGCCGGACACCGGAGUGUGGGUCGGCGAUCGCAAGAUCUGUGCCAUCGGCAUCCACGGCAGCCGCUACGUCACCACCCACGGCCUCGCGCUCAACUGCAACACCGAUCUCAGGUGGUUCGAUCACAUCGUGCCCUGCGGCAUCGAGGGCAAGGGCGUGACCAGCGUCUCUAAGGAGCUGGACAUGGACGUUACCGUCGCUGACGUGUUGCCGAUUUUCAGGAAUGCUUUCGGCGAUCAGUUCGAGUGCGAGCUGAUUGAAUAUCCGCUUGGCGAGGCCUCGCAGCUGCUACGAGAUGCACGUCGUAACGUUUUAAAAGUAUGACAGUUAUGAUAACUGGGAUUUUAAGGAACAAAGAGAUUUGUGUAUUUUAACGAAGCUUUCGUUCUCUGCCUCUCGUCAGAUUAAGGAUAAUCUAAUGAAUUUUAAAGAUACUGUUCUUCUCUUGUAGCGAUCGUGGCGCAGAGAGUUGUGCGUCUGCUUUCGGUACCAAAGACUCGAGUUCAAAUUCUACUAAAAACUAAACUGACUAAAAACAGCGAAUUUUCAUUCGAUCGCUGCCUCUCGGAAAGACAGCGGCAAUUCAUCGAGAGUAUAUCUUGCUAUGAAAAUCCCUCUAAAUUAAGCCGUUUGGAAUUGGCGUUAAAACUGUCCUAUAUAUCUGUAUAAAUUGUAAAUAGCGCACACUACAGAAAUACAAUGAGGGGUCACUAUGUUUCUGACAAGAGGCAAAGGACUUGGAAGAAGAUCCUUCUCUUAAAAGAAUAGUAUCUUUAAAUGGACACUAAAUUAUGAAGAUUUGAUAAUAUGCGGCUUGGACUAUCUCUACAGCAAUAAGACCUUAUUAUCUUAAUGAGAUAAUAUUAAAGAGUUUUGGUAUUAUGGAUCUGUGAAACUUAAGAGAUAUUAUUUUAAAAUUUCAACAAACUAUUGUAAAUUGUGUGUAAAUUAUCCAAAAAUUGUUUGUAAAUCUUGUAAUAGCAAUUUAAAUUGAAUUUUAAGAAAUGAAGAGACUCGUGAAUCUUAACCUUUUAAGGACGGGGAAAAAUGAGUUAAAAUCGACUUCUUUUUAGACGUGAAAUUUAUAAAUAAAUUCAAUGAAUUUCUCAUAUGGAAUCCCCCACCUGACUACUGGUCGAAAUAUAGACCAGCCCCGCCCGCAAAGGGCUAAUCCAAUGUAAAAUUUUAGCUCGAAGGUUUGAGAGUAUUUUUCUACGUAAUUUGAUGCGCUGAAUACGGGAAAAAUAGUGAAGAAAAUCCUGGUGGCAUCCUUAACCUUGAAAAUCGCCAUUUCAAGGUUAAUUUUUUUUUUUUAAUAAAAGAAAUAGCGAUUUUCAAGGUCAAGGAUGCUUCCAGGAAUUUUUACACUAUUUUUCCCAUAUUCAACGCAUAAAAUUUUCCCUGAAAAAACAUAAAAAAUUAUGUGUCCCCUAGGUGGACGAUAUAUCGACCACCCCGCCGUUAAAAGGUUAAUGAAGCUUUUGGACGUAGCUCGUUCUGACCCCGUCAGGUUGAGAUGAUAAUAUUAAAGAUUGUGUUCUUUAGUUCUCUUAGAAGUCUGAAUUAUGAAAAUUUAAUAACUAAAUGAUGUUUGGACUAUCUGUUGUAAGCAAUAAGUAGAAUUUAAUGAAAAAUCUCAAUGAAAAUAUUAAAGUAUUUUGGUAUUAUGGAUCUUUAACAUUUAAGAUAUUUUAAAAUUUUCAACAAAAUAAUUGUAAAUUGUCUGCAAAUCAUUAUCACAAAAAUUAUUUGUAAAUCUUGUAAUAUCAAUUUAAAAGUAUCCUAUAUAAAAUUAAUAGUUUUGUGUUAUUUUUAUUCCGGUACUUUCAUAUGACGAUUUGACUUGAAUUUAUUUAAUCUCUUUAUUCAUUCGUCAACAAUUUCUUAUGAUAACUGCUCUUGAACGACUCUUUGUACGAUGUCAAGAACGAAAUUAGAAUAAUUGCGUUCAUAAGUUAAUUGCGUUGUCAGAAUCCUAACAUGUGUGAUAUGUAAAUGUAAAUCAAAUAUUUCACUGGUUCAACACAUAAUUCAUGUACGCAAGUACAAAAGCAUCUAUGAUGCGUAAUCGAGUGCAUAAUAAAUUUUAUACUAACAAUAAGUGUAAA